CCCGCCUCGCCCCGCCCCAUUGCCAGGAUUAGGCUAGAACUUGAGGCAGGGUUAUUUUGGUCCUUCCCAGCGCAGCAUUCUCUCUUCUUUCUGCUGCUUCUUCUUUAAAAUACGGUGCUUCUCCCCAUCAAAAGUAUACAUCGCCUUCGCCUUCGCCUUCACCAGAUUUGUUUGGUUCGUCUCUUUUAUCUCUUGCCACUUAUUUAUGGUGCUGGUAUAGAUUAACAUAAACUCAAAGAGGGAACUUCUCUUUGUUGAGAGCCAAGAUUAUGGCAUCCUCUAAGAAUGAAGAAAGUGGUGCUCAGGAUGCAGCAGAACGGAUUAAGGCUCAGGCCUUGUCAGCUGCAAAAGGUUUGAGUCGGGCUCAGGCUGAGCGUGCUGCUACUGCUGCUGCGAGAAAUGUCAAUGCAUAUGGCCAAAAGGAAGAAGGACCCAGUCGAUGGCAGGAAAGAAAAGAAGCAAAGAGACAGAUGUAUUUAAUGAGUACUGAGAAACAGGUGCGACUGGGUGAAAGGAAAGACAAGCCUUCAGGUUCCACUCUUGGUGCAGCUUCACAAUGUCAGAAAUGUUUCCAGGCAGGGCAUUGGACUUACGAGUGCAAGAAUGAGAGGGUGUACAUAUCACGACCAUCUCGCACGCAGCAGCUGAAAAAUCCAAAGUUGAGGAUGAAAGUUUCAGCAUCUUAUGAUCUAGAAAACCCAGAUAUUGAGAAGGAGAUGAAGAGUGAAAAACCUGUGAAGAAGAGUAAGAGGAAGCAUAAGUCGGAUACAGAGUCAGGGACUGAUAGUGAGGCUUCUGUGUUUGAAUCUGGCAGUGAGGCGUCAUCAGUCACAGGGUCAGAUUAUUCUUCUGGGGAAAGUGACUCAAGCGAUAGUUCUUCAACUGAUUCAGAGGAAGAGAGGAGGAGGAAGAGGAAGAACAAGAAGAAGAAGCAGCAGAAGAAGAGGAGACACCGGAAAUACAGCUCAACAUCUGAGUCCUCUGAUUCAUACUCAGAUUCCGAGUCUGAUUCUGAAGGGAGGACUAGCCGUAAGAAGAGCAGCAAGAGGCAUAACAAAAAGCGGUGAAGCAUUGAACAAGAUGAGAACUCCAUAUGUGGUACCUGGUUCUUAAAACUUGAAAAUAUUCAUAUUUGUUCUAUUGUGAUAAAAGAUCUUUUGAGCGAUGCACUUAAGAUAACUAGGAUUUUCCUGUCUCGAAGGUUUUGUAGAUUGUCAUAAGCUUAUGUUGUGGCUGUAGAAUUCAAUGUGGCGAGAGUUGUCUCUUGUAUUAAAUUUUUUCAUGUGCUAGCUUGCUCAUUUACAAGCUGUUAUGUGGCUCUUUUUCUGUUGCUUGCUUGA